AUGGCCAACCUCACCCUCUCAGGCAAAGUAGCCAUUGUCACUGGCGCUUCCAGAGGUUUGGGCGAGGGCAUCGCCUACGAGCUCGCAAAGCGAGGCGCUAAGGUUAUGAUCACCUUCACCUCUACCUCUAGCCAGGCUCGCGCCGACACCCUCGUCGCGCGCAUCGCAUCCCUCAACAACGGGUCCGCCGCCGCCUCCGUCCGCGCCGACCUUCGCUUGCCCGAGUCCCCCGCCAUCAUCCUCGACGCGACUCUCGCCGCCUUCUCUACCUCUACGAUCGACAUCCUCGUGAACAACGCCGGCGUCGAGCAGCACCGACCCCUCACAGACGUCACCCCCGAGGACUUCGCCGCCGUCUUCGACGUCAACGUCCGCGGCGCGCUGCUCAUGACGCGCGCCGUCCUUCCGCACCUCCGCGCUCCGGGCCGCAUCAUCAACGUGUCCUCCCUCGGGGCGCGCAGAGGCUGGGCGGGGUACACCGUGUACUGCGCGAGCAAGGCCGCGCUCGAGGGCUUCACACGCGCGCUGGCAGUCGAGAUCGGGGCGGCGGGGCACUCUGUGAAUGCGGUGGCGCCGGGGCCGACGGAGAGCGAUAUGCUGGACACGCUGUCAGAGGAGGUCAUCGAGGCGCAAAAGCAGCGCACGCCGAUGCAAAAUCGCAUCGGGACGGCAGACGACAUCGCCCAAGUUGUCGCCUGGCUCGCGGAGGAGGGCUCUCGAUGGGUGACGGGACAGACGAUAUCGGCGACUGGGGGCGCUGAGAUGAUCUAAGGGCAUGACCUCGCAAGAGACGGUAUAGAGACAUUGACUUGUAAUAUCUCCGCGUUGUUUCCACUAUAACCCCCUCGCUUGCUCAAGCCAUUUCUUUUUCGCGCACUUCGUUGUGGUUUCUCCAAUUGUUCACGGAUGCCAUCCGCUCGGAGGCCUUGAAAAUUCCGGCGG